AAAUCUUUGCUUUACAGUGACUGUAAAGCAAAUCCAUAUUUGUAGGUAAUUGUAUUUUGUUAUUUUCAUUGCUUGUAAAAAUUUGACAUGCAAAAGUGCCCCUGUGGCCUAUUUGCUGAUUUUUUUUUAAUGUUUAAUUGAUUCAUUGUAGCACUCCGUAGACAAAUGCUACACACUCGAUAUUACCAUUCAUAACCUUUUUUAAAUAUGGCUAUUGUCGCAAAGGCAUUCUGCUAAAAUAUUUGUGAACUUGGGGUUGAUUUAUGCGUUUGCUGCAUACCCAUUUUAUAUCAGACGAUCUAAUUACCGUAUAUUGUUUUACGCGGUAAGCGUAUUCUCAUUUUCCCUACAUUCCGUGAUUGCAUGCGUUUAACGCUGCGUCCAAAGAGUAAAGUAAGUAUACAGGAAUAUAGGGCUGCGUCGCCUCAAUCGCAUAAAACAACCGCGCGCUUUCACGACCACGACCAAGGAGAGCCAAAAUAUUCCGACCGCAUGGCAGUGUCAUAAAAGUCAUGUUGAUGUUGACAAAGUCAAUACAGCUGUGCUCCAAAUAAACGAUGGGCAUAAAUUUUAGCUCUUUCUUUUCCGGUUUGGGGAGGUUUUUCGAGUACCCCGUGAAAAGGAAACCGAUAUGUUUCUAUAGGCAAGAGGAUUUCACUGCCACAGGUGAACCCGUGCGGCGUCUUUCGGAUCAGCCGAAGGCCGCCAUGACAGACUAUGAUAAGCUCGUCGACUUGUUCUACAAGCGGCUGGCAGAGCAGCGCCAGUACAACCAAGAGAUGAAAGAACUCGACCGUCGCUGGAGCACACAGAAAGUGGUACAGCGAUUCCCGGGGUGGAACGACGUCACCAUCGCCAACCUGCACAGCCUGUUCCUGCUGUUCGACAACCAGGCCAACGGCAUGCUUGGCUGCGACGACUUUGGAGCUGUGCUUGAAAGUCUAGGCGAUGAGAGUUCUAUGGAGCUGCGAAAAGAGAAAUUCACUGCCGCCGAUACCGAUAACGAUGGAUGGAUCACAUACGACGAAUUUCUUUCGCUGGUGUACAAUUUCAACGACCAAAAAGAAGGCAGCUUAACAGGCCUUGCGCUGCUUUGCAACGAGAUCGCGGAGAACAUACAAUUCGUUAGCAAUCUUACGGUCGGCGAACAAUUAGAAUACGGACUCUUUUGAAAUAAAUAGUUUAAUAAGUA